UCUGUCUAAUAUUAAAACAGAAGAUAUAGAGGGAGAAGAAGAGACGUAUGUGACUGAUAUAAAGGCAGAAGAUACAGAGGAAGAAGACGAGACGUAUGUGACUGAUAUAAAGGCAGAAGAUACAGAGGGAGGAGAAGGGACGUAUAUGACUGAUAUAAAGGCAGAAGAUAUAGAGGGAGAAGAAGAGACGUAUGUGACUGAUAUAAAGGCAGAAGAUACAGAGGGAGAAGAAGAGACGUAUGUGACUGAUAUAAAGGCAGAAGAUACAGAGGGAGAAGAAGAGACGUAUAUGACUGAUAUAAAGGCAGAAGAUAUAGAGGAAGAAGAAGAGACGUAUGUGACUGAUAUAAAGGGAGAAGAUACAGAGGGAGAAGAAGAGACGUAUGUGAGGGGUGAUCAGUGUAAGGAGGAGGAGAUCCCUACAGAUAUCAGCACAGAUGGACACACAAGCAGAAAUAUCUCAGAAGGACAUCUAAUGUUAUCCCCGGAUUGUGAAACAAAUGAUGACAGUAGACAGGAUUCUCCAGGAGCUAACCCCAUUACCCCAAUUAUACAUCCAGCUCUAUCCGCUGAUCCCUCUGAUACUGGGAAAUGUUCUCCUGAUCACUCUGAUAUUGGUGCAUCUGUUACAGCUCUGACAGUAGAUACAGUGUUUCCCUGUUCUAUAGAUGCCAAAUGUUUUACACAGAACACAAAGCGUAUUAACCCACACACAGGUAAGGAAGGUGAGAGGCCACUGAUAUGUUCAGAGUGUGGGAAAUCUUUUGCACAUAAAUCAGAUCUUGUUAUACAUCAGAGAAGUCACACAGGUGAGAAGCCAUUUCCAUGUUCUGAGUGUGGGAAAUGUUUUGCACGGAAAUCGCAUCUUGUUAUACAUCAGAGAAGUCACACAGGUGAGAGGCCGUUUUCUUGCUCUGAGUGUGGGAAAUGUUUUUCCCAGAAAUCACAUCUUGUUCUACAUCAGAGAAGUCACACAGGUGAGAGGCCGUUUUCUUGCUCUGAGUGUGGGAUAUGUUUUUUCCAGAAAUCACAUCUUCUACAUCAGAGAAGUCACACAGGUGAGAAGCCAUUUUCUUGCUCUGAGUGCGGGAAAUGUUUUUCCCAGAAAUCACCACUUGUUACACAUCAGCGAAGUCACACAGGUGAGAAGCCAUUUUCUUGCUCUGAGUGUGGGAAAUGUGUUAGAUGGAAAUCACAACUUGUUACUCAUUACAGAAGUCACAUAGGUGAGAAUAUAUUUCCAUGUUCUGAGUGUGGGAAAUGUUUUUCCCAGAAAUCACAUCUUGUUCUACAUCAGAGAAGUCACACAGGUGAGAGGCCGUUUUCUUGCUCUGAGUGUGGGAAAUGUUUUUCCCAGAAAUCACAUCUUGUUCUACAUCAGAGAAGUCACACAGGUGAGAAGCCAUUUUCUUGCUCUGAGUGUGGGAAAUGUGUUAGAUGGAAAUCACAACUUGUUACUCAUUACAGAAGUCACACAGGUGAGAAUAUAUUUCCAUGUUCUGAGUGUGGGAAAUGUUCUGCACACAAAUCAGAUCUUAGAAACCAUGAGAGAAGUCACACAGGUGAGAAGCCAUUUCUCUAACGUCCUAAGUGGAUGCUGGGGACUCCGUAAGGACCAUGGGGAAUAGGCGGGCUCCGCAGGAGAUA